GCUGUAGAGUCUGAUGGUAAAAAACCCCUAGAAGUCAAAUUUGAAAGUCAAGGUCCAGUCCUCACACACCUUAAUGAAGCGGUCGGGUUUAAGUGCCAAAUAAACCAAGAUCCAUUUUACGUCCUGAAGGCUAAUGCUGAAAUUUUUCAAGUGCAUGAUGGAAAAGAGGUAGUUCUUAAUAAUGGUGGCAAACUUGGAGAUGGAGACCCAGAUCAUUAUUAUGCGAACAUUGUUCCAGAAAAGGAAGAUGAAGAUUUACAUCUAAUCUUAAACAUACUCAAAGGUAUUUAAAAAAAUAGAUUCUAUUGUUAAACUUUGGUAUUUUUAAAAUUAUUUUGUCCAAUUUUUAAAAUCAUCAUUGUGAAAUGUAUAUGCAUACAAAUAAAUUAUUUAUACCAAGAUUUUUAAAUGUGUAAGUGUAAGCUGACAUUUUCUUAAAAUACACAGGGAAAAUAGCCCAACUCAUAAAAUUUAAAUAAAUGAAAAGGAUUUUAAAUCACGAGAUGUUGGUUUGAAGUAUCGGUACUUCAAUUUUAAAAUUGUGUUUUAGCUGUCAUAUGAUGCUAAUUAUAGUAUUAAUUUCAGUUAGGGAUGAAGAUGAUGGGUUCCUUGUGUGUCGUGUUGAACAUCAAGUUGAAAACGAGAGACAGGAAGAUAAGAUAGAAAUUAUAGUUCAAAGUAAGUUUUCAACGAUUCAAAUUUAUUUUUUUUAUGAUCUAUGUGGUGCUGGAUCUAAUUUUUAUGGCCAACUGCUAUUUUUUUACAAAUCAUUGUGACACCUAGAGCCAUGAGUUACGUUAAAUUGAAAAUACAUUUUGAAAAUUUUUAAAGAUUUAGCGACUUCACCUAAGAGGAGGCUGUCACUCCCAUUUCCAUAACCUAAUUUGCAUGAAUGUAUCUGAAUUUGAAUUUUUAAAUUCUUCUUUCAAAUAGGACCCCUUGAAUCAUUGAAGUUAAAAAUCAAUGACAGCGUAGUUGAUAAAAGUAUGUCGGAGAAACUGGAAUUAGAAUCUGGUUCAUAUGACAUCAGCUGUAUCGCAGAGGGCAGUAAUCCUGCAACUACUGAUGUCCAUAUAUUUUUUGAUGGAAAUAAAGUCAAUCACAAGGACCCAGUUUCAGAGCCUAUUAAAGGGGGGCUUAGGAAGUACAGGUAGCCUACAAUCUAAUAUGUUAAAGUUUCUCAUAAAAAUAAUUAGAUGGCAGCAAAAGAAUUCAGCUAAGAAUGGAUUGGUUUCUGUCCUAUUUGAUUUCAUAUUAAUUGCAACAGUUUUACUGAAUGUACAAGUGAAUAUUUAUGUGAAUGAAAUUAUAAAAUUGAUAUUUUGUGCACAUUGUGAAACAAAUUUGUUUGUCUCAAACAUCAUAAGUGACAUAACUUUCCUUUUGUUUGAAUUUUAUUGUUGAUUAAACAAAUUGUAUUUCUCAACAGAACAACUAUUGACAGCCAGUUAAAUUUAACAGCACCUAAUAAUGGAGCAUUUUUGGAGUGCAAUGCAAAGUCAAGCCUUGGUGACUCUUUAAGUGUUAAGUUCCCCAUCAUUGUCAUAAUGUGUAAGUAUUGUGAUUGUGAAAUGAGCAGUUUUAAGCCAGUAGUAUUCAAGAAAUAUUUGCACAUGUAUUAAGUUUCCCCCAUCAUUGUUUGAGUGUGUCAGUGUGGUAGUACAAUUUUAGCACCUGGUAUAACACCAGUAAUAUUUGGUUGGUUCGAGAAGUAUUCAGGAUAACAGGCAUGUAGACACACACAGACACCUAGUCCCAUAUUAUAAUAUUAAUUUCAUCCCUAGCAUAAUCUUUCUUUUUUAGAUGAGCCAGAAAUAGUCUGUAAUGACACAUACGCUUCUAUUGGAGAGAUUCAUCAUGUCCUGAAGUGUACUGUUUAUCACCAACAAAGUAAACUCAAGUCCUUCAAAUAUUUUAUUGAUAAUGUUGAAAUUGAAGCUGGUGACCAGUCCAGUAGUUAUGAUGAUGUUACAACAAAGGUAGAAUUAAAAUAAAAAGGAAAUUUUAUUUUAUCAAUAUUUGUCACUUGUCAAAUAUAAUAUCUGCAAAGUUACUUAUGAGUUUCUUUUGGGUAAUAUGGGCAUUUUGGUAAUUUAAAUCUGUAGUGCUGACAUUUUAUUUCUCUGAUAAUAAACAAAGAAUUUUGAGUUUUAAAGUGUUUAUUUUGGGCACUGAUAUAAUAAUUUAAUAUUUUCAUUAUAUUAUUAUUUCUAAUUUAUUACGAAAUUGAACAGUUUCUCCCUUCUUCUUCAGAAUAUUUCACCUGACCAAACAGUUGUCGAGCUGAGGAUAAACAAAGUGGUAGAAUCCCAUUUUGCUGCUAACUUUUACUUAGUCUUGGAGCAUGUAGAUAGGCAUGUAACCAGGCACCCAGUCAAACUGCACAAGAUUGAAGGUAAUUUUAAAAUUAAAAUGAUGUGUAUGAUGUGUCUUAUAUUCAGUCACCCAGAACAAAUUAUGCAACUAUUUCGAGACUGUGGCAUUUUUGGUAGUUAAUGUUGUGGUUGUGCUAGGACCUUUUAAUAGAUUAAAACAAAAGGUUUUGAUAUGUGUAAUUACAAAUCAGACUAUUUUUUUUUUCUCCACAAAGCUAAUUUUCGUCUCGGACAAGCAAAUUGUCCCCUCAUAUAUUUUAUAACCCCAAACCACUUACCCUUUAAGAAAAAUAUAAGAAUGCUCCUAAUGCAGAUGCUAAUAUACGAUACGAAAAUCGCUGCACCGUAACUGGCUACAUGGCUUUUGAACACGUUUCAACAUCAGAUGACAAGAGGGGCCCUUUUUGAUUGGACUGAAGUAAACACAAUCUUUUUUGAAAACUGAAAUUCAGGAUUAUUGCUUGAUAAAGGAUGCAGCCCACUUCUUUAUAUUUUCAAUAAGAAAUAUACACUGGGUAGAGAAAAUCAAUACAAAAGGUGUGGAACAUUUGGCUAAAAAAAAACUUUGCGGUGUCCACCCUGUAUUGUAUUUCCACUACAUUUUCAGUUAGUUAUUAACAUUUUGAAAUGUAAACUCAAAUAACUCAGUUUUAAAAAAAAUGUAAUAACCUGUGAUUCAGCACAAAUUUAUGGGGGACUGGAACCAGAUUGAAAUUUAGGUGUCGUGUGCAGAUCUGUGUGGUACUUAAUAAAAAGUUGAAGUUGUUUGUCCAGAUGUCCAACCUAAUUGGUAGAAAUAUUGACCAAAGGGUGCACUUUUAACACAUCUAAAUAAGACUAGCAUGCUCUUACUUAAAGGAUAGUAUAUGAAGGACCUCAUUCAAGCCGUGUGAAGGAGAUAGCUGAAUAAGAAAUGAAAUUAAGUGUCCUGUCUUUUCAGUUCAAGAGUGCAAAUAAAAAGCAAACAACUGUUUAUGUAGAAGUCACUGUUUCAAAACAGAAGGCAUACAAUAUACAAUUUUGAUUUUAUUACAAACCUAACAGAAUUUAAAAAAUCCACUGAAAUCAAUUAUUCAAGUUGAAAACAUGGAGACCCCUGUGCAGACACCAAUACUUACAAUACUUAAUAUAUGCCAUUACCGUGUAGCCACAGUGUAAGGACCUAUAUUUCAAUACUGCUAAGCCACGUUCAUCUUAUAGUAUGUGCAUUCAUGUAUUGGCUUGUAAAAGAUGCAUACAAUGAAAAUAAGCAUUCUUCUCAUCUUAAUUUCUAAUACAGCAACACUCCCUGCCCUUUUUAAUACAUGUCCAUUGCAGCUUCAUUCUGUCAACUGAUUUUUAAUUUUAUUUUGAACUCUGGACUUCUUCAUCCUUCUUAGUUCCCCUGAUACCUUUGUAAGGUUAUAUUGAUCUUCAGUGAUCCCAUUACUGAUUGGUUUUUAUUUCAACAAAUGGAUAACAUGUCUUUGGUAAUGGAUUUCUUUUUUUACAGAGAAUCAUGUUGAAGCAGAUGUUGGAGGUAUUCAGUUAUGUUGAUCUUUUUGUUGAUUAAUAUUUGAAUGAUUUUGACCAAUAUUUCGGAUAGAGAAAUAACUUUUCAGAAUAUCAUACCUAAUAUAUUAGAGAAUACCAAGUUAUUUUAAAAAAUUCUCCUCCCAUUUCCCCUUACAAUAAGCAAAGGAAAUUCCAUAUAUUUAUUUGAGGAUAUCAAGUUUUUAUUGCAACAACCCCUCCCCUUUCCCCCAACAAGAAACCCCCCAAAAAAUUCCAUUGUCUUAAUUUUCCUUUUUUCCCCUCCCCCUUAAGUUCUAAUGGUGCAUGUAUCCAGGGUUUGCAUGGCAUGUCACUAACUGUUAUUGUUCUGAUUUCAACCAGCAUGAACAUUUUGUUUUGUCAGUGGAUAUUUUCCAGGAAAAAAUAUUUAAAAUAUGAAAUUUUAUCUUUUGAGCCUAUUGCUAUUGUGGAAGUAUGCUACAACUCCCAACUAGGGUGUAAAAAAAUUUUUUUUUAAUUUAAAAAAAAAAGGCAUCAACAAUAACGAGGACAAGGUUGCCACCGUACAACUUCAUGGAAAUAGUUAUUCUUUUUUUUAAAUACCUUUUUUUCUUUCCCGAUACAUCAAUUCGUUCAUUGAGAUUGGGUUUUCUUUGUUAUGAAAAAUACUGCUAGGUUUUCUAACCUUCCUUUGCCUGCUUUUCAUGAUUGCUCUUGUUACAGGUGGUUUGAAUCAUACAAGUAUAAUUAAAUUUUUAUUUUCAAAAUGUCUUAUUCUCUAGGAUCGGGACGACUAAGAGGUAUUAUGUGUGACCUUCUCUUCAAAUAGUUGAAUAGUUUUAUAAUGCCAGAAGACUAAUCAUUUUUCUUUUAAUCAAAGCCUAUUUUUGCCCUCAUCCAGUCAAAAAUUUUGAGCAGUACUAAUUUUUAAAAUCUCACACUUAACAAAUAAUCUAAUUAAAUGCUAACAUUUUAAGUCUUUUAUUUCCUUAGUCUUUCUCUAUAACCUCUAUUUUUUAAAAUAAAAAUCUUUUAUGCUAGUGAUUAUUAAAGCGUUAAUACAUCCACCUUGACUUUAUUUUUAUCAGCACAUUUUUUAAAUAAGUUUUGGAAUUUCACAACAGUACUGCCAGAUCCUGAGAUGGAGCUAAUUUAAAUCUAACAUUCAUGAAUACUUGUUCAAGUUGGCCAAUUCUCCGCCACUUUGAAAAAAAGUUGAAUUUUAAAAUUAUUUGCUCUUUCCCCCCACCCUGUGUUUAUUAAAUUAUUCUUCAAAGAAGAUGUUUUUAAGCUUCCAUCUGAACUUUUUUUUGUAAGGAUUGCAUGUUCAAUUAAAUAGUGAAAACUUAAAACAAUGCCUUAAAUUAUAUUAUGUUUAAUAUUAAACUUCAACACAUUUUCAACCUGAACAGGGAAUUUUCAUUAGUCUACCAGAUUUUAAAAUUUAAGGUGUUAACUUUUAUGGAUAUCUUAAAAAAUGUACAUUAGUUUAAAAGGGGGAAUAAACUACAUGUAUUUUAAAAUCAUUCUGAUUACAAUUUUGUUCAGGUUUUGUUUCAUAAAUUUGCAUUACCCAUAUGAAUCACACAUAAUUAUGGUUGUAUUUUGUAAAACAAUUUUGGACUCAUUUAUGAUCAUGAGAUGCCGAGUUUAGUAAUUAUGAAUUAUCAAAUUUCCACUCUUGGUGGCUUUAUUAGAGUUCUUGUUCAAUGAACAUAAAUAUUUGCAUUUGAUAUCUCAAUUAACCAAAAGUUUGUGAUUGUAAUUAGAAAUAUAUAUGGCUGACAGUCAGGAACAUACCUUCUCAACAUUUGAUCAUGUUGUCAGUCAUAUUUACUCUGGCAUUCACAUUAGCAAACAUAAUUUACAUUAUUUGAUUAGUUUGAUAAUUUUCUUCAUUUUUAAAACCAAUAACAAAAUCAUCCCACAAAAAGGCCAAUAUUUAUGAAUUAUGUUUGUUAAUGAUACAAUAAUGACUUGAGUAUUAUACUACAAGUAAUUUUUAGAAACUGUAUUAUCCAUUGCUACUUCAAUAUUUUGUUUAUUUGAGGAAUUUGUUAACAUAUUAUUUUGUAUGGUAUUAUAUUUAAUUUAAAAAAAAAAAAUUAUCCGUAUGCAAAAUUUAAGGGCUAAAAAUAAGUAAAAAACUUAGUACAACAAUUUUUAUUGGUUUCUUUUCAGGUGAAGGAGGCAACUCAAGUGUGUUUUUGUUUGCAUCCUUGGCGACAGUUAUUCUAUGUGUUACCUCUGCGACACUCUCCUGGAUUUAGAAUAUGAUGCUAUGGUGGUGUUAGUAAAAUGUUUUUAAAUUGAAUGUGAAAGCAGUGUGCAUGACAUCUUCUGCUAGGAUUUAGUUAUUAAAUUUAUUUAGAAAUUUUGCGCCCUGGUGUUGUAGGGGCAACACAACCUACCGACCAGAAGCUCCUUGGUUGAGAUUGCCCCACUUGGUUUGGUAAAUCAAUCGGAUGGGCCUGUCUCAGCGGCGGAGUGCUUCCGGCAUGCUGCUUUGCGGUCGAAUGAUUGUGCUAGUCGGGUGGGUGGGGGUGGGAGAGUACGCUGGGGAGGGCCUAGUUAGCUUUUGUCUCUACAACUUCCUGUUUUUGUUAAAUUUAAUAUCUUUUAUUGUUAGCUCACAUUGAGAUCAGUUUGGAUAGUCAAGUCUUUGUUCUUGUGUUUGUUAAAGAUUGUGAUGUGUUGCUAGUUUGAAACAAUGACACUUUUGCAGUUACAUCCACCUUUAAUACUGCAAAUCAAAAGAAUCAACAAUGCUAGUAUAAUUUUUAGAGUUGUUUAAACUAAAGGUCAAUAUUUUGAGUUAAAUUUUUAACGGAUGAACAUUGGUCAGACAAUAUUGAAAUGGCUCAAGCAGUCCUUUAAAUGACCGAUUUAAGCAAUCACUAUGUACAUAUUUACAUUCCAGGGUGUGGCGUGCAUACCACGCCCAUCCCCCACCCAUAAGUUAUCGAAAAAACAAUUUUAAAAGGCUGUUUGAAAUAAUUUUUAUUCUAGCUGGUAAUAUUCACCUCUCCCCUCAUUGUUCAGAGAUCAAAUUUAGAUAAAUGUAUGUACCUACUGACACUAUGCAUCAAUCUCAUGUAAAUUAUGAAUGUCUGAAGUGAAUGGGAUGAAUAUUUUUUUGAAAGCUAUAGACAUUUUCUAAAUAUUAUUUUCUUAUCAAUCAUUAAUAAUUCAAGUAAUUUUGCUAUGUAUUUUCAUUUUGUUGUAAAAAAUUUUUUAACCGGUUCAAGAUCAAAGUAAUAGUAAUAGGCAUUCCUGUUUUUAUAUUGAAGUUUGUGGCAGUUAUAAACUUAUUAAUUCAUUAAUGUAUAUUAAAUUAUAAUUACAUAUUCAGAAAUCAUAGUUUUGAAACAUUUUGAUGGAAUGUAUUUUUUGGAUCUAGUGUUGCACUGAAAGAAGCAUUGAGUGACACAUGGCAAAUGUUCUGUAACUUUUGUAUACGCCUGUGAGUCACUUCUUUUGGUCAGUUUCAUUUUGGAUUAUAUGUUUUUUUAAUAAUUACUUGGUAUUUUGACUGUCAGAAAAGGAUGUAGUUAGCUUAGUAUAAAUUUAAUUUAAAUCAGCUCAUUGUUAAUUCUAUUAUAUUGUACUUAAUGCUUCUAUUUAUGCUUCUAUUAUUUCUUCUACAAUGCAGUUUAUUUAAGUAAUUUGCUUUAUAGAAGUGAACACCUUCUAACGUUAAAUAUAAACCUUUUUUAUUUGUGCGCAUGCAGCCUAAAAUUGAAAUGUAUAUGGAAAAUUACGGAAACAAUUUGCUUGCUGAGGGUCCUUAAUUUCUUAAAAAGAAUUAUCUGCACUGUAAAAAUUAAAGCAAGGCAACAGUAGCCUGUUUUAGUUCAGUGCUGUUUAGUUGUUGGAAAUUAAUUCAUUUUCCUUAAAGAAUUUUUUUUUUUUCAAAUCUGAGGCUCCUUAAAUUUUUUUGUUUUGUAAGCAUGAUAAAUGUUGGACUUAUUUUUAAAGGCAUCCCAUCAAUCUAAAAUACUUUGCAUUUAAAUGACCUAACUUGAUUAAAAAUGUGAAUAUAAAUGAAAUUUUCUUGUAUAUAGUGGUUACUAAAAUCUAAUGAAAUCACUUUUUACUUUCUUCUUCCCGUUUCAUAAUUAUUUUUAAAAAAUAUUUUAAUCAGGGUAAUGAAAGCUGCAUUUUCUGUAACAAGAAUCCAUCCUAUAAAGUUUGAAAUGGGUUUUACCAAUCUACCUUGAUUUAUCAAUUAGUUAACUGAAAUAAUGAGUUUAUUAAACAUAUAAACUAUUCAAAAUUAGCAUUGGAAACAGAAUAAACUUAACAUUUUAUUUUUAAUCUAAUAAGCAGCAUGCUACUACGGUACAUUUAAUUUUAAAUGUGUGCUAAAACAUAAUUUUCUUGUACAAGUAUAUUAAGAUUUAAUUACCGGUACUGUAAGAUGUUGCACAAUAAUUCAUUUAAAACUAUUCUCUUAUUUUGGCCUAGUUGGACAUCACUUAACAUCAAUGGAUUAGCAAAUAAUUGCAAUGAUGAAGUCAUUUUAAAUAUUUUAUGUGCCUGCUGUUUUUCUGUUAUGAGUGUGUAUGGAAAACCAUGAGCCUUGAAACUGAGUUCUAGUUAUAUAUAUAUAUAUUUUAUUCUGUUUUUUAAACAUUAAAAUUGUUAUUAAAAUUUAUUGAACGCUUUGUAUGUUAUGCUGGUAGUCCUAUUUUACGUUGAGAGUCAAAGUUUGGCUGAUUAGAUGUUACUGACUGUACUGCACUCACUAAUUAAUUAGCACAUGUCUAGACUGAUACCAGAUUUCUCAAACAAAUGCUUUAAGGGCUUUUUUUGAUGGAAACUGAAAAUAGUAUAUAUGUAUCAACAGUUAAUGAAAUAGUCAAACAAGGUAUGUUCUACUAUUUCAUUUACACAGCUUGAAUGCAGACCUUCAAUUAUUAUCAACAGUUAACCAACCUGCUUAAGUAGCAUGAGUGCCAGGUUGAAAAAUAAAUCACGAUUGCCUCGUGGGUAGGCUAUAGCCUGCUGUUCUAUCACCACUAAUCAAUAUGCACCUAAACUGGUUGGAAAGCUUCCAACGUCACUUUAUUUUCAUAAUACAAGGCCUGAAAUCCACCCAUUUGGGCUUUGGGCUGCCUCACCACUUCCUUCCACUCAGAUCUAAAUGAUGCUUUUCUUUUCCAUGCUUGGGAUUCCCAGCUGCUGUAGUUCUUUUUCCACAUCCAUCCAUCUAAGCCUAGGUCUGCGUUUGAGCCAUUUUGGUGAUGUACCCUCUUCACUCUGUCAUUUGGCAUUCUUUCCAAGUGUCCAGCCCAGUGUAGCCUACCCUUUUUGCUACUAGCAUGAGAUCCUGAUAUAGUCUAUAUAAUUCCUGGUUGGUUUUUAUUCUCUAUCCAUAUUCAUCCUUUUUUGGUCUAUAUAUUUUCCAGAUAACUUUUCUCUCCAAUGUGUUAAUAGGUUUUCAGAUGUUUUUGUCAGGGUCCAAGUUUCACUUGAGAUGUUUCAACUGGUCUGAUUACAGUUUUAUAAAUAGUUUUCUUUGUUUUUCUUGUAAUGUUUUUAUUUUUGAGUAUUUUCUGACUACUAAAGUAUGCCCUGUUUCUGGCUGAUUUACUUCCUUUUAUUUCUGCGUUGAAUCUUAAAUUAUAUUUGUUUUAAUUUAAAAUUAUUUUUGGAAAGUCAAAAUUACAUAAAUAAAAUCUUCAAACCAGAAAUAAUGAUGUAACAUUCCUGCUAAAAAUAAAAAUCUGAAAUUACAUUCAUUCCAACAGGUCAGCUAAUGAUAAAAAAAAUCUCAUGAUCUACACAAAUAUCUAAGAGAUGCAAUUCUGGGGACCAAUACUGAUUUAUUAUAAAAUAUAACUUUGAACAGCAGAGAAAAAUCAAAAUUUAAUUAGAUGUUAGCUUAGUGGAGCAAUGUUUACAAAAAGAAGCAAAGGAUAGACACGAUUAACUUAACUAACACAUUUUCUGUUAAAUUUCGUAAAAUGAAAAUAUUGCAGAAAAAUGAACCAUAGUCUUUCUUGAUUUUUCAGGCAGGCUACAUAUAAAACCAAUAUAUAAUCUAUUUAUUACAAAAGCUGCAACUAUGCUAUUGAUUUUUGAAAGCAUGUUAUAUCUAAGCAUAGAUUUUGGAUUAACUUCUAGGCAAAUAUCUGCAACAAUUUAGUGUUGGAUUUGACAGCUAAGUAUGUUCCUGUAAUUUUUUUUUAAACAGAAAAAUUUUGAAAAGAAUGUAGCCCAAGAAAACUCAAUUUUUUUAAUCAGGAGGGAUGACACAUGCAAAUUUUUAAAAGAGGUUAUUUAAGUGAAAUAAUGCACUAACAUGCUUACAUUAAUAAAAAAAAAAUCAAAACAAAAGAAAUAUUAUAUGAUUGUUAUACCAGGU